GGAAUUAGCAGGAAAGUGAGAUGAACCUGUCCAUAAAGCCUGCUUUGCAGCCAGCCUCACUAGGCCUCUUUUAAGAUAAAGUUUUGUUGGUGGGGUUUGUUUGUUUUAAAGUUUAGUGUCAGUAUUUGCGCUUCUUGCAAUGGACCUCAAGCCAGCUGAAGUAACAAGAGUGGCCAGAAUAUCCAGGAUCUUUGACCAUAAGACUAGAGCUAACCACCCGCCAACCCUAAGCAUGGUGAUUGAAGCUCUGAAGGCCCAAAAUGAGAAAAAGGGCACUUCUGUAAUAGCCAUCAAGCGCUACAUCCUUGCCAAGUACCCAGCUGUUGACCCAAUAAGGCUAAAAUACCUGCUGAAGAAGGCCCUGACUAAAGGUCUUGACCAUGGCUACCUGAUUAGACCCCAGAACUCUUUGGCAUUAGGGGCAACUGGAAGAUUCAAGCUAGCAUCAGAAAAGCCCAAGCUUAAAAAAAACUCUAGGAAGAUGGAUCCAGCUGGAGAAAAGGCUCCUAAAUCAGAAAAGAAGGUGGCACGGAAACCCAAAGCCAAGGUGACCGCUGACAAAAAAGCAGGAAGUAAAGAUGCGAAGGAGGAGAAACCAAAACCUGUGAGCAAGAAACCCAAGGCAAAAUCCACUAAUGCCCAGCCCAAAGCUCCUGCUAAGCUGAAGACAUCCAGUGAUGCUCGAAACGUUGUGAAAGGUGACAAGAAACCAAGUACGAAACAGGCACCUCAAGCCAGGGCGGUUGGGACCAAGAAAGCCGCCUCCAAAGGGAAGCCGGCCUCCAAAGCAGAUGGUGCCUCCAAAGCAGAGGCAGAGCAUGGAGACAAGAUCAACACUUCCAAAGCCAAGGGGGCAGCUCCUGGAGCCAUGGGGGCUGCAAAAGCAAAGGUGGCUAAAGGUGAAAAUGAGCCGGCCAAAGCAAAGGCCACUGGUGGGACAAAGAAAACCACUGCCAAAGGGAAGCCUGAGGCAAAGGGCCCUGCGAAAGGCAAGGGGAAGAAGCCUGAGGCAGCCACAGGCUCUCUGCUCAGCAAAGAGAAGGAUGCAGGAGAAGGUAAAGCCUCUAAAACCGGCAGCAAGCUUGGCAAGAAAGCAAACUAGGGCUUCCCUGCCCUGAAGGGACAACUGCUUGGAUGGGGCAUGUGUGCAAAAUGGCCGUCCCCAGCCUGAGGAACAUGGCAGCUCUGUCUCUCAGUUCCAGAUGGGCCCCAACAAUGUUUUUAAACUAUAUGCUGAAGUGUGCUCCAGUCACUGCUGUUAACAUCUCUUUUAAUCUCUGGUGAACUAAGCUAACUGAUUUUAAUCUUUUGUGUCUUUUUUUUUUUUUUCAAUAAAG